AUGAAUAUCAACUACGAUGCUCUAGCGCGGCGCGCUGGGCAGGCGAUAUUUCUGUGCGAGACGGAUGACCAAAUAGAAAGAAGCGAGAAUUGUGACAAUCUGGUCAUGGAUAAAGAAGCUCGUUCGUGCAGCCAUCCUAUAUUUUAUCCUCCCGAAGCUGGUUUGCCAAUUGGUGGUAGGACAGGAAAGAAGUAUCUUAAAGUUGAAAUUCACUACAACAAUCCCACUCUGCAAUCCGGCAUAAUCGAUGAUUCUGGCUUCGUGAUUUACGCUACUUCAAAACUCAGCACGCUUGCAUUGUCAGAUCGUGGUCAUAUAUGGCCUUUACGUUACCAACAACGAAGCUCUGCAAGCAAUCACAGGAAUGCUCGAUGA